AAAUUUUAGUCAUACAGUUAAAUACAUUUCUAUGUGGCCAUUAUAUACAUUUAAAUAUUAAAAAUGGUGUCGAGUAGUUUGAUACGAUGUUUGGCUUUAACUGUUGAGCUGCCGCCGGUCUGUCUGAUCAGCUGAUCACCUCAUCGCAAGGACCAAAACAGCUAACGCUAGCUUAACAUAGCUGGUGGUAAAAAGUUAUGACAGGACAUGACGGUCUAACAGUGCGUGUUACGAUCCUGGCUUUGGUGAGGAAUUGAGAGCCACCAACCAGAUUGAAAGCUUUCACUGGAGUCUAACUAUGCCUUAUCUCUGAGAAUGGGAGGAAGUGGAUCCAAAGCCAAAGGUGUCUGGCCUUUCUCAGGCAGCGGCACUGGAGGUGAUGCAACCAACGAUGGGAACGAGCAGUCUUUGGCCCGACUUAAAGGUUCCAGAAAUGCAACACCAUUUGUUUUUACCAGGAGGAGUUCUUUAUACUACGAUGAGGAUGGUGACCUCGCCCAUGAAUUCUAUGAGGAGACAGUGGUGACAAAAAAUGGCAGAAAAAAGUCCAAGUUGAAGAGAAUCCAGAAAAAUCUGAUUCCACAGGGAAUUGUAAAGCUCGACCACCCCUGUAUUCAUGUAGAUUUCCCCAUCGUCCUCUGUGAGGUGUGAAACAUUGCACAGGACUGAUCUGCUAUGAGGUGUAGCCACAGGUACUCGUCUCGGAGCAAAGUCUUGCUCCAGUUACAGUCAAGACUGGAACUGUGGUCUGGAGGGAAAAAGGAAAAUUCAAACUGUCCUAUUAAAUUGACAUAUUGAAUGAAAUGUUAUACAUUGAGUUCAGUUAUGGUCAGAGAGUGCCCUGUUCACUAAAAUCCAUAUUUUGAUAUUCACAACAGUAGUGAUGGUACAGGUUGUGUUUCCACUACCCAGCUGAUAUGUAAGCAGUUUUAGAGAAUACAUCAAACCAAGCUGUAUUUCUCUUGUGAGUUUUUUGCAGGGAAAAACAUCCUUGAUGUGAAAAGGCUUUAACGGUUUAUGCCUUCCGUGAGACGUAGGGUGUUAGACUGUGUAUGUGUCUUUGUACGUGUACAUGUGUGCACUUAGGUGUGUUUGAGUGAGUGUGUGUAAGAGGGAUGAAAAAUGUAUUUACAGGGUAGGAAAAUGAAGGAUUGUGAAAUUUAUUGUAUAUAUGGUCACGUUCUGUAUUGUCAUGUCUGAGUCUGUCUCAGUUACCGGAGCUCAGACCUGCACUAGUGAACAUAAUGUACUGUAAAUAAUUUCAGAUUUCUUAGUUGGAAAUACUUGAAUAAAUGGUUUACUGAGCUGAA